AUGAGUGAAGACGUACUCCCUUCACCCCUCCGUCUUCUCAAACUUGUAGUUAAUAAAAGUAAAGUGCGUUCGCGCUGGCAAGCGCGCUGGCGAGCCACGGCGAUAAUUAAUGUGGAGUCGAGUCGAGCGAGCGGCGCCGGCAGCCUCGCGCCCGCCGACAAAAAACCCGCUCCGGCACAAAAACACACGCCGAGCGAGACACCGCUA